AUGGCUCCAAUGACGGCUGCAACAUCGAUGAUCACCGAUCCAUUAUGGGAUGUCAAUGAUUUUGUCAUCAAAAAAGGCAAUGGAGUAAAAGGCCUCUCAGAAAUGGGGCUGGAAAGCCUUCCUAAUAAAUACAUCCAACCACUUGAGGAGAGGAUGGACAUGAUGAAUAAAGCAUCACAGCAAGAAGAAGAAUCCAUACCCAUCAUCGACAUGUCAAAGUUGAAUGACCCGGAAUUGGCUGAUUCAAUAUGCAGAGCAGCAGAGAAAUGGGGGUUCUUUCAGAUUGUUAACCACGGGGUGCCUGUUAGCCUGCUUGAGAAUGUGAGGGAUGUAGCUCAUCUGUUCUUUGCGCUACCAGCAGAGGAGAAGAGGAAGUACUCGAAAGGGCAGUCUCCUACUCCCAAUGUGCAUUAUGGCACAAGCUUUAGCCCAGAGGCAGAGAAGGUGUUAGAGUGGAAAGAUUAUCUUAGCCUCUUGUAUGUUUCUGAGGAUGAGGCAGCUUCAUUUUGGCCUCCUGUUUGCACAAAUAAGAUGGAUAUCAAGAUACGCAUGGAUCGAGUGCUCGAGUACAUGAAGAAAACUGAACUUAUUAUCAAACAGCUAUUGGGAAUCCUAAUGAAGAGGCUAAAUGUGAAGGAAAUUGACAAAACAAAAGAAAACCUGUUAAUGGGUUCGAGAAGGAUUAACCUCAACUACUACCCCAUUUGUCCAAACCCCGAGCUCACGGUGGGGGUAGGUCGCCACUCCGACGUCUCGACGCUCACUGUCCUCCUUCAGGAUGAUACCGGUGGACUUUACGUGCGAGGAGGAAUCAGCGGUGAUGGCUGGAUCCAUGUCCCUCCUAUUGACGGGUCCCUGGUGAUCAAUGUUGGAGAUGUGCUGCAAAUAAUGAGCAAUGGUCGGUACAAGAGUGUCGAGUGUUGGCACCGAGCCUUCACUAAUGGAAGCAAGAACAGGGUUUCAGUCCCCAUUUUUGUCAAUCCAAGGCCCCGUGAGAUAGUCUGUCCUCUGCCAGAAGUACUUACAGAUGGGGAAGAACCGGCGUAUAGACAAGUUCCCUACUCGGACUAUUGCAGGCAUUUCUUCAGCAAGGCACAUGAUGGAAAGAACACCAUUGAAUUAGCAAAGAUAGGGUACUGUCCCGUUUAG